AUGGCAAUCGACGCCUUGAAACAGAGGCUCGAUUCGGCAUCCAUUUUUGCCAGAGUCCUGAAAGUAGACACGGCGUACCAUUCGCACCAUAUGAAAGUUGUGGCGCCGAGAUACCGAGAAAACAUCGGCCGCAUGGAGACGACUACUCCUCGGAAAGGCGUUCGGUUUUUCUCGUCAGUCACUGCCCAAGAGAAAGUAUCGGAUUUUGGCACCGAAUACUGGGUCGAGAACUUGGUUUCGAAAGUCCGCUUCAGCGAAGCCCUGGGAACACUUUGCAACGCGCUUCGUGCGCAACAUAGUGGCCCUCUUUCGCCCAUCUUCAUCGAACUCGGCCCGCAUCCGGCCCUGUCGGGUCCGACCAGGCAGACGAUGACGUCCUUGAACCUGGUCGAUUUCGAAUACGCAUACACCUCCCCGUUAUUCCGAGAGAAGGACGCCAGAAAGACGGUGCUGGAAAUGGCCGGGAAACUAUUCCAGCACGGGUGUGCCGUUGAUAUCACCGCCGCGAACCAAACGACCAUCCCGAUAGCCGAGGCUCAAGGGGAUGACGAGACGCGACCCAAACCUCGUCCUGUCGUAAUCAAAGACCUUCCGACCUACGCAUGGGAUCAUUCAAAGACAUACUGGCACGAGUCGCGCCUCAGCAGAGACUACCGUCUGCGCCCUCACCCCCACCACGACUUGCUGGGCCUUCGCGUCGUAGCAGGCAACGACAUUGACCCGACGUGGCGAAAUAUCCUCAGUAUUGACCGCAUGCCCUGGCUCCGAGACCACGUUGUGGAUGGCUUUGUCAUAUUUCCCGGCUCCGGCUACAUGUGCAUGGCCAUCGAGGCCAUGUGGCAACUGGCUCAGGGGAACGGCAACGGGACCGGUGCCCGUGUGGAAAGCUUCAAACUCAGGGACGUACGGUUCAUCAAAGCCUUGGUCGUACCAGACCCCCCAGAGUCCGUCGAGGUGCAGCUCAUCCUCCGCGCACCAGCCAAGGCCCGCGACGCGUUGGGUGCGUGGAGGGAAUUUGUCGUGAUAGCAUUGUCGCCCGAGGGACAAUGGGCUGAACAAUGCCGCGGGUCGAUCAUGACUGAACAUGAGAGCGGCCAUGAUGAAAGCGACGUGGAGACCUCGGACGAUAUCGCAACGCAUUUCUCGGAACUCGUAAAGUGGUGUCGAGACGUCGAGUCGAGAUGUAAUGACGGCCAUUCUCCCGACACUCUCUACGAGACGAUGCGGAACAACGGUAACGACUACGGCGAGACGUUUGCUACCAUCACUGAGAUGCGCCUCGGCAACUACGCGGCACACGCUGUUAUCAAGACCCCCGACGUCGUUGGUAUUAUGCCCGCUAGGUCUAUGCAGCUGCACCAUAUCCACCCGACAACGCUCGAUACCAUUGCCCACGCAAGCCUUCCCGUGCACGCAAGGCACUACAGGACCGGGCCAAUCAUGCCUGUUCGUGUUGGGGAGCUCACGGUCCGAGCGAACAUGCCCAGCCAGCCGGGCCAGCAGCUGUCAGCCUGUGUCGAGUUGGUGCCGUUGAGUUCGCACUCGGCGGCUGCCAACACGGUCGUCUUCGCCGAGGAAGUCUCUGACCUGUCACGGCCCUGCGUCACCAUAUCGGAUCUAGAGUUGGUAGUCAUUGGAGAGGCCAAGUCGUCGACGAGCGGUUCCGGUACGGGACCGUUGCCUGCGCUUUACACAGACUGGGUCGAGGAUAAUGAGCUUUUCCCCGGCCCAGUACCGGUACACCCAGUCUCGGCAAACCAAACUCAGCAACAAGAUGAUGGAAGGGUGAAUGGAGUGAAUGGCCACAAGUCCAACACCUCACAUCAACCUCAACCACCAGUCGAGUUAGUGUCCCUACAUCCCGACAUGCUGCAUCUUGCCGGUAGCCUGCAGAGAGUUUUAGAAGACGGCGACAUUACGACUUCAGCCACCGCAUUUCCCGUCGUCGGCUCCGUCAGUCCCGACAAGGUCUACGUCCUCCUCGACAACGCAUCAGACCCGUUCCUGGACCACGCCCAGCAGCACGGUUUCCAGGAGCUCAUCGCAUUCAUAAACAAGGCCAGGUCGGUCCUUUGGGUGAGCGUCGCCGCGGAGGCCGGGCAGGAGCCCGGCCCCGGCGUUCACCUGGUGACCGGCUUCACACGCGUGGCGCGGCGGGAAAACGAGGGCAUGCGGCUGACGUCUCUGCUUGUGCCGGACGGCCACGGACAGACGGAAUACGAGGACAUCCUGCGGACGAUUGGCCGCGUGAUCGCGGUCAACUUCCACCGUGCGGCAGACGACCGCGACGGCUUCUACGAGUGCGAGUACGUGUACCGCGACGGCAAGGUGUGGGUGCCCCGACUAUCGGCGGCCGACGGCUACGAGCGCUGGGCGCGCGCCAGGAGAACGGGGUCGCCGGCUCCGGCCGAGAUGACGGCUUUCGGGGGCGAGCAUGACCUGGCGCUGGACGUCGAGCAGCCCGGCGUGGUGGGCAGUAUGCGGUUUGUGCCGUUGGCGCGGGAGCCGCUGGGGUCGCUGGAAGUCGAGAUCCAACCCGAGUGCUAUGUCGUCACGCGAGCCGAUGCCUUCCUGGCCAGCGGCGGCACCGACGCCCGGCUGGCGCUGUCGACCGAGGUGGCCGGCACCAUCACCGCCGUCGGGUCCGGCGUCGUCCGGGAAAAGUGGGGCGUCGGCGACCGCGUCGUCGGAUUCGCCGCCCAGGCCAUGUCGAACCGCCCGCGCGUGCCCUCCACCCUCGUCCACCACCUCCCCGCGUCCGUCGGGUUCGCCGCCGGCGUGUCGGUUCUGUAUCCCCUCGUCAGCGCCGCGUACGCCAUGUUGGAGCUCACGGGCGUCGGCCGGUCGCACGCGGUGCUGGUCCACGGCGCCGACAGCGAGUGCGGCCGGGCCGCCGUGGCACUGGCCCGGCAUCUCGGGGCCGACGUGUUCGCCACGGUCCACGACGCCGACGGGUCCGGGAGACGGAUGCUCGUCCAAGACUUUCAUCUGCCGGCGAACCGCGUCUCUUCGAUCCAGGCGGGAACCUACAAGGACCAGAUCCUUCGCUUGACCCAGAAAAGCGGCGUUCACGUCGCCCUCAACUGCUCCGGCCGUGAUGUCUUCAGGGAUACCUGGGCGUGCAUGGCCAACUUCGGGACCUUGGUUGACGUAGUACAGCCGGGUGGUGUAGCCUGCGCUGUUCCACCGCGCAAGAAUGCGACAUACGUAUCUUUUGACCUAGGCGCCGUCAUCCAACACAAACCGGACGUUGUUGGGCGCCUCAUGGGCCAGGUCAUGGCCAUGCUUGACCAGGGACACUUCAAGUCCAUCUUUUCCCUCUCCACGAAACCUAUCACAGAUCUUCACGAUGCCUUUCGGCAGGUGCAAGCAGGAAAAACAGCGGCGAGGACGGUGCUCGAGAUCCAUCCUGGCUCCUUAGUCAAGGCCGUCGUUGCAUCCAGCCCCGGGGAAGCAAGGCUGGUGGAGCAUGCCACCUACAUCAUCGCCGGUGGUCUGGGAGACAUCGGGCAGGGAAUGUGCCGUCUGCUUGCCGCUCGUGGAGCGAGGCACGUGGUCAUUCUAUCUCGGAGCGGCGCAUCGAGGGACCCCGAGAAGAAAGACUUGUUGGAAAAGGAACUGGCGGCCCUGGGGACACAUCUGUACACCACAACGUGCGAUGUUGCCCAUCUCGACAAGGUGGCGGCGGCAGCGGACUGGCUUCGAGCCAGUGGUCUGCCCCCGGUGCGUGGUGUGAUACAGUCUGCUGCUGUUCUUCGAGAUCGCAUGCUCGAAGCCAUGGAUCUCGACACUUUCCACAGCGCUUUGCGCCCGAAACAACAAGGCACGUUGAACUUGAUGCAGUGCUUCGAGUCGGCGUCGUUGGACUUUUUCAUCAUGCUGGCUUCUGCCAUCAGUGCUUUGGGCACCAAAGGCCAAGCCAAUUAUGCUGCCGGAAACACCUUUCAAGAAGGCUUGGCCAUGUGGAAAACCGGUGUCAACAGGACCAGGACCACGCACACCGUGACGAUCAACCCAGGGCUUGUGGCCGGGACCGAUGCCGACUUGUAUAGCCCGGAACGCCGACAAAUCCUGGCCAAGCAAGGGUUAUCCACCAUCCCGUUCGAUGAAGUCAUGUCGGCCAUAGACUACUCGAUGAGCAUGGAAGCCCGUGCCGACCCUUGCACCCAGCUGAUCAUCGGCCUCGACCCCGAUCUGCUCGUGAAGCACGACGCCGCCGUCAACAACCGGAUCUAUUCCAAGAUCCUCCAGACGGCACAGGAGGGGCCAGGAAACAACAACAUGGCAGCGGCCUCUCGCUCCUUCGACCAAAGAAUCUCGGCGGCGGAAGGCCGAGAGGAGGUGCGCUCCAUCGUCCAAGAAGCCCUCACUGCAAAGCUUGCAGAACUCUUGGCGAUGGACCCUAGCGAUGUUCGACCCCACGUACCUAUAGCAGACUUUGGACUCGACUCCUUGGUGGCUAUCGAGAUCAAGAACUGGAUCGUCCGCUCCUUCAAGGCCGCUAUGCAGACAGCCGAUGUGCUGGAAGCGCCUAGCCUCACGUCCCUUAUUACGGUAGUCCUAGAACGAUCUUCUCUCGUCGGGGCCUAUAGCUAA